CUUGGGUUUGUUUGCAGACUUUGACAGUGAGGACAUGACAUCUGUGAAGCUUGUUGCAUUGAAGAUGACAAAUGAUAAAUGCCACAAGUGACCUUGUGAUGCCUCUAAAUCCUCCCGGUGGCCACCCUGGCACACCUCCGAGUGAUGAAGACCUCUGAUACAUUCCUCAUCUUCCUCCUCCUCUACAGGACUCUGUGUGUGUCAGGGGGGACUGUAACGGACACGGUGGCUGAAUGGAACCGCUACAGGAAUGAAUGUCUGAUCAGCAUGAGCACUGAUCCCAGGCCUGAAGGAGCGACCUGCAGUCGGAUGUUUGACAUGUACGCCUGCUGGUCAGAUGGGAAACCGAACUCUACAGUCAAGGUGCCCUGCCCCUGGUACCUGCCCUGGUACAACCAAGUGCGUGACGGCUUUGUGUUGAGGGAAUGCGGUCCUGAUGGUCAGUGGGCCACCAGCAACUCCAGCCGCACCUGGAGGGACCAUUCGCAGUGUGACCGCGACAACAGCAUGCACAUAGCUCAGGAGAGACGGAUGGUGAUCUUAGCCCACUUCAGAGUCAUGUACACGGUCGGUUACUGCCUCAGUCUGGCCAGUCUCUCUCUGGCUCUCGUUAUUCUGCUGUUCUUCAGGAAGUUGCACUGCACCAGAAACUACAUCCACAUCAACCUGUUUGCGUCGUUCAUUCUGCGAGCGGCUUCCAUCCUGACCAGAGACGCUCUGCUGAGCCGCGACACCGAGUUCAAACACGACAGGAACAUCUCAGACGUUGGUCAGGCGAUGUCAGGCUGCCACGUGGCUCAGGUGCUGAUGCAGUACUGUGUGGGAGCUAACUACUAUUGGCUGUUGGUGGAAGGCCUCUAUCUACACAAACUGCUGGUGCUGGCGGUGUUUUCUGAAAACCGCCACUUCUAUGUAUACCUACUCAUCGGCUGGGGCACACCGGUGUUAUUUGUGAUUCCUUGGAUCAUUGUACGUUAUCUCUUUGAGAACACGAGGUGUUGGGAGAUAAAUGAGAACAAAGGGCACUGGUGGAUAAUCCGCGCUCCCAUCCUGCUCGCCAUUCUGGUGAACUUCUUCAUCUUUAUCCGCAUCAUCCACAUUCUUGUGUCCAAGCUGAAAGCCCAUCAGAUGAGAUACACAGACUAUAAAUUCAGACUGGCCAAAUCCACCUUGACCCUGAUCCCUCUGCUGGGCAUCCAUGAAGUGGUCUUCGCAGUGUUGACAGAGGAGCCCACAGACGGCGUCCUCAAUGAUGUCAGUCUCUUUUUCGAACUCUUCCUGAACUCUUUCCAGGGUUUACUUGUUGCCAUCCUCUACUGUUUUGUCAACAAGGAGGUGCAGGCAGAGAUAAAGAAGAAAUGGCAGAGGUGGAAGCUGGGGAUGACCGACCUGGAAGACCUGAGAAACACUGGCAGCAACACGCCACAGGUUGGUACCAGCAUGCCACUACCCAUCCAGUGCCAACAUCCUUCACCCCGUCUGCCGCCCGCCCAUCGCCUGGAGAACAACUGCCUCUCUGCCCCGCCGCCUGACCCCUCUGGUCCUCUUCACACCAAGCUCCUCGUUCCUCAGCCCUGCACCCACCAGGACCAGCUGGAGGCCACACAGCCGAAGACCUACUGCUGCAUCUCUGCUCUUAGACAGGAUGAUGGAGGAGGAAAUGAGAAGAGCGGUGAAAGCUACUGUUGA